CAAAGCAUUACUAGCAACGUUCAAAUUCUGGCAAGUUUACCUCGGUAGCACCGAACCGAUUGAACUGACGAAACUACACAGCGCAGCCUGCGAUUGCACGGAACGGGAACAAAUUGCUGAUAGCGAUCAGACACAGUUUUGGCAUCAGAGUGACGAGGUGCUCAUUUCCUCACUUGUUUUUCGGACAGCAUCGUCUACAACGCGACAUUACGCUCCAACAAGCACAACUGAACAAGGCAUCCAUAGGUCCGCAAUCGUUGUGAUUCGAAACGAGAAGCCGCUCCAUCCCAUCUACUAGGAAGCCACUGCAAUACGCGAGCAGAAUCAAUCUGCCCCCAAUAAAAACAAAGCCAAUCGACAAAUCCAUCAAGCAUGUUUUACGUCAAGACACUGGAGCACGAGAUCGUCCUGCAGCCGUCCUAUUUCGGUCCCAAGCUAAAGGCCACGAUCGUUCGGCUGCUCAAGGAAGAGGUGGAGGGCCUCGCGCUGGCGGAAUACGGCUUUGUCGUGAACGUCAUCGAGGUUCCGGAGGACCAAAUCAAAUCGGGGAUCAUCGAAUACGACACGGGAAACGUCGUCUUCCACGUGAAAUACACGGCCCUGCUGCUGCGCCCCUUUGUCAACGAGGUCCUGGACGCCGUGGUCAGCCAGUGCAACACGCUCGGAUUCUUUGCCUUUGUCGGCCCGCUCCGUGUUUUUGUUUCGAAACAUAGCAUGCCGGAGGACAUGCUGAACGGAUGGAACCCCGACAAGGACUCGUGGGUGAGCGACGACAAGGAGGUGGUGAUUUCUUCGGGGUGCGGUGUGCGAUUGAGGAUCAAGGGAAGAACGGUCGAACAAGGGAACAUAACGGCGAUCGGGACCAUCAAGGACAGCUAUCUGGGACUUGUUUCGGAAGAAGACGACGAGGAAUAAGGAGAAGCCAAGCUAUGAUACGAUACCGGACCAAAUAGAAUGUAUUCGCAAUGUGACAAGGGCAGUUUUUGUGCCUGCAUCGAUGCCUUGGUAGAGUACCCACAUUGAAACUUACACAUUGAGUAAAGAGCAGCAGCGAAGCGUAGAAUUUGGACCGUCCUGAAACAGUAUUGUUUGGUAAAUAAACGACAAUUUGUAUGCUUGGUCGUUUUCGUUGCGUUGCGCUGGCCUAGCCUUUUUUUGUAGACAACGUGUCAAUUGGCAUUAAAUUCGAAAAUGUUUUGGUUUGAGCUUCCAGUGCUAUCAAAGGGUACCGUACUUCAUAUUAACUUUAAUAGAAAGAAUAUUUGAUG